AGUGCACCGUCCCCUAAUAAAUUAUCUGAAAAAUACUGGGAUAAGUGAGAGACUUUAGUGAUUUAUAUAGUGAUAUAUAGUUAUUUAUUUAUUAUUGGUUUAUUAUUAUUGUUUUUUUCCUGCCAAUCUGCUGCCCACACUCCAGUCCAAUAGGUGGCGGUAAUUAACCUUAGUUGAUUUGCCAACCGCCAUUAAAAGAAGAAGAAGAUUCAACGGUUGUGUAGUAGGUGUACUGUUACAGGACACAGGACGCAGCUAAGGAAUCCCUGGAAAAAAAGUGCGUGCCAGUUCCCGGCACCGUAACUGUCCUACUGUAGGGAGGGGCGAUACCACCGAUGGCAAGUGGAGAAGAGUCUAACAUUUCUAGCUACUACUUAGAUGAGAAGGCUUUCCAUCUCUGCUGCAAACUUUUCCUACAACACUCAGGUGUCAUAAGAGAUGGAUGGAGCUGGGCAGAGGUUAAGGGUGGUGAAGAAGGCUACAUAAAAAAGACUGCUAUAAUGCCUGGAAGAUUCUGUUCUUUGCUUAACCACAAAGCUGAUGAUAACAUGAGUGCUCUGACACAAGCAGAUGAGCUGGAUGAUGAGGCAGCUGCGGCUUGUACAGUAUGUGAGAGCCAGGUUUUAAUGCACUAUGAAUACCAUGUUUUAUACUCCUUCAGUCAUCAGGUGCCUAUACUCUACUUCAGAGCAUCUACAUUAGAUGGACAGCCUUUGUCCCUUGAUGAGGUUUGGAUCAAUAUUCACCCAAACUACAGACAAAGACUACUACAAGGACCUUGGGAUACACUGACUCAACAGGAACACCCUUUACUAGGCCAGCCCUUCUUUAUGCUCCAUCCUUGUCACACUGAGGAGCUUAUGAGACCACUUAUCAAAAUGGCAGAUGCCAAAAAAAGGAAAGUGAACUACAUUGCCACAUGGUUGAGUGUGGUAGGGCCUGUGGUGGGAUUGGAUGUGCCGCUUAGCUAUCACACAGCAUUGACUGCUCCUGAUUGACUCAUGAACAUCCCACUGAACUGUUAGAGCUUAAAGAUCAGUAUGCUCCAUUUAUCCUCGCGAUGCCUCUCAUCAUCUGCACAUCUGGUGAAGAAGUGGUAAACAAGACAUGAGAAAGUCUCUUACAAGGCUCUUGCAGCUCCUACGAUUUCGUUCAAACAUUGUCAGUGAAUUUACUCAUCGCCACUGACUAAUCUGAGCUUUCAAAAUAUGCCCUUGUAUCAUUUGUAUCUUUAUUUUUUUUCUCUUAUAUCUUCAUUUUUGUGUAUUUUUCUUUUUUAUUUAAACAGACAUGAUAGAUAAAAUUUUGACAAAAUUGACAGCAUCAGAAUUCCAGUUUGCCAUAAGUCUCUGUGCCCAUGAAAUCCCCCAGAUCUGUGCCUUUACCUAACAAAAUGCAUGACUAAACAAAUAUUUGUGACUGAUAAAUAUUGUGAUUAUAUUUGAGUCCUGAACACUAACUGGAAGGCUAUUCCUUAGUUGGGGGCUUUGAAGGAAUUUAGCUAAUCAGUCUAUCAGAUGUGCACAUUUUGAUUACAGCUAUAGUGAUCAAUCAUGAUUUUUAUAAGCAAUUCAUAACCACAGUUAGGAUUGUGAUAAACUGGAGCCAUAGUGGAGGAGGGAGGGUGGGAUAUGGUUCCAGCGUGGUUAAAAGGCUCCCCUUUGUAUACCCCUUGACGGAGUACAUCAUGUGGAGCCACUCCCUAUUGUUCUUGAUAUAGGAAAAUUUCCCUCCUUCUCCCACCUCAGCUUUAAUUUUUCAUACAGGGCCUCUUGGACCCUGAAAAGUUCUGCGGCCUCCAUCUCUUGUUCUGCUGAUUCCAUGUUUGGGCGCAGUAUUCUGUCACGUAGCGGUAACUGAGGCGGAAGCAAGUGCAGAUAAAGAUGUUUUCUUGAGGAGGCAGGCAGACAAAUCCAAAUUGUAAGACAAUAGCGUGGUUCAAAUGGGUCAGGCGAUUGGCAAAUGGGCAUAAACUGGGCUAGGCUGUAAUCUAAAACGCAGAAACAAGGUUAAUCACAGGAAACAUGAAACGAUAACUGGAAAACGAGAAAUGAGAGCUAGGUACAGAGAUAAUUCAAUACUGCGCAAAGUGCACAGAAACAUGAGGGGUUUAAAUGACUAACGUCAUAAUGGUUAAACGCAGACAGCUGGAAACAAUAAUGACACCUAACGGAAACCAACCAAUGACUAAACGGGGGCGGAGACAGAACGUCAUCAUAAAUACGUGUCCACAGUAAACAAUGGAAAAGCAUGCACUUGCUGAGCACUCGUGCACCUGGCUCGUGCAUGCGCAUGCACUCCGGCUUUCUGAGCACAUUGCAAGCUGCAGUGCUGUCUAAAGGGGAGAUAAUGACACCGAGACGCUGGACGAAUAGUUGAUUAGAAAUAUUAAAUUAGCAAAAAUUUCCCCUUCUGAGCUGAUCUGCUAGUCUCUCUUACAUAUUUUGGUGGAGAAUACAGGUAACUUAAUCUAAAUAGCCAAACUUCCCUUACAUAUAAUGGUGGAGAAUGUGAGCAGUUCAAUGUAAAACAGCUAAUUUUCCCUACAGGGUGUUGGUGGAUCUAGAGCCUGUCUCAGGAACACUGGGAGCAAAGCAGAUACACCGAUCAGCCAUAACACUAAAACCACAGACAGGUGAAGUGAAUAACAUUAAUUAUCUCGUUAUAGUGGCACUGGACAAGGGGUGGGAUACAUUAGGCAGCAAGUGAACAGUCAGUUCUUGAAGUUGAUGUGUUGGCAGCAGGAAAAAUGGGCAAACAUAAGGGCCAAAUUGUGCAAAUGCAGCAUUAAUGAUACUAGCAAACGUAAAAUAUUUUAAAGGUCAAUUUCAAUGAAAAUGUGACAAUUUUCCCAUUAAAAUAUUCAGAAUCACGUGACACAUGCUUGUGCAGGAUUUUUAUGUGCAGCCUACAGAGAGCCCACUGUUGUCACAUUUUGGAAUAGUAGUGUGGGUGGAGUGUUGCCUGUCCUGGACUGGACCUGCAUGGGUGUUUGGUGUACACCCAAUCCUGUACUGUGAGCCCAAAUCUCGAAUGUUUAUGUGGGUCCAGUUUGGGCUGUCCCAUGCUUUCCCAAUCCCACCCUGUCCACAGUAAGCUUGUGAAUAAUGGCUGCAUUUUUGCUGGCAAGCUAAUUUAACAGAUUAUGCAUCAACUAGAGCAAGCUAACAUACAGGGGGGAAAUAAGUAUUGAACAUGUCAAAAUUUUUAUCAGUAAAUAUAUUUCCAAUGAGGUUAUGCACAUGAAAUUUUCACCAGACAUCAGUAUUAACUCAUGAAAUCUGUAAAUAUAAAGAAUUCACAACAUUAAAGUCUAUAAAUAAAGUUGUGUAAUAAAGUGGAAAAAGUAUUGAACACGCUAAGAAAAAGCAGUUCUCCAAGGCAAGCUAAGGCAAGGAACCAGCUGAAAUCCAUAAGUAAUUAUAGCUCCUGUGCAAAUUAAUAUCAGCUGAGCUCUCCCAAGACCUUCGCAACCUUAUUGAUGGAAUCAGAUACAGGUGUAUUUCAAAACUUCUGAAUCCUCCAGUAAGCACCAUUAUCCACAAGUGGAAGCAACAUCACUCCAUCAUCAACCGGCCACACACAGGAGCAAGAUUUCUGACCUGAGAGGGAAAGAGGAGAGAGAAGCGCAUGUAUGUGAAAGGAGUGUGAAUUCUCUAGCUGUGGGUUUUUUCUUUCUUUCAAGUACCAUCACUGCUAGUUAAGUGGUCGACCAGAGCAUUAUAUGUGACUUUAGUGGUGGAAUAAGCUAUCUGUGGAGAGUAUAACCUUGGAGAGACGUUAUAUUACCACGGAAAGAGUAUAAUAGCUAAGAGCUAGCUGUGAAGACUUGGACUUGCACACGUGGACGUUGCUAAUAAGUUAGCGAACAGCCGACUGGAGGAGCAGAGACUGUGUUUGUCACGAAGAAAUGAGCUGUGGACUUCGCGGAUGACUACCUGUGUGUGAAUCUUCUCUUCUUCUUAUCUUGCAAUGACACUGUGUGACUGUGACCCCAUUGUUGAUCAAGAUACCAUUUUUUUGUUCUUGCCCUCGUGGUGAAGCAGCCCUUUUGUUUGAGGCUUCUACGUACGCCAGCUACAUUCAGGCAUGCAACAGGGAACUUGGUACUAGUAUUUUGUUUGUUUAUGGGGUAAUGUGGAUUUUUUGUUGUUUAAUCUGGGACGUUUAAACCUUAUUAAGGGACUUUGAGAACUGUAGAUAAUAUAAAACGGAAGCUGAAUGUUUGAUGACUGAAUUUUAUGUUAAAUACUUUGUCUGCAUUAGUAAAAAAGGUUACAGGUUUAACCAUUGGUUGGAUUGUUGACUUAAAGGUUAAGCAUAAAUAGAAAAGAACUCAGGGUAGCUCCCCAAGUAAAAGGAUGUACACCAAAGGGGCGCUACACACACAUUUACCCUUAAAAAAACUCCCCAACCUGGCUUUCACAUUUAGUUAUACAGGAAGAGAGACAAGGCUGAAACAGAACUCCAACUACACUCCAGCAUUUCCCCAUCACUUUCAGAAAAUUAAACUCAUCUACUGUGAAGAUCCUCUCUUCAGAUUUUAUCAUUCCACACUUUGCAUCUGACUGAAGUGUUAUUCUGGUGUAAAAGACAACAUUCAUGUAAUUUGUAUAAUAAACUUUGUGUAAUGGUUGUAAUUGAUCCUGCACUUACACAUUGGUCACUUACACUUUCCUUGUCUUACACAUACAUACUGUACAUACAGUGGUGCUUGAAAGUUUGUGAACCCUUUAGAAUGAGACAAAUAUACUAGAUCAUUUAUUUAUUUAUUGAAGAAAAUGAUCCAAUGUUACAUAUCUGUGAGUGGGAAAAGUAUGUGAACCUCUAGGAUUUGCAGUUAGCAGUUGAACGUGAAAUUAGUCAGGUGUUUUCAAUCAGUGGGAUGGUGCCAGUGAGCACCAAGUUGUAUUUAAAGAACAGGGAUCUAUCAAAGUCUGAUCUUCACAACAAAAGUUUAUGGAAGUGUAUCAUGGCACAAACAAAUGAGAUUUAAAUUAUGUAAAUCUUUUCUGGAUGAUCAAAAUGCUGCAGUUUCACAAGAAGUAAGAUGUUUGAAGAAUCAGGAGACCAAGAGCCAGGGUAGAGUCAAAGAGAUGGUUUAUUAUGCGUGCAAAGACAGUCUCAAUAGUCUAAACAUUAGAUGUUCCCCGCGAGCUUAUAUACUGGGGUGUACAUGCAAAGAGACCAGGACAAGAUAAAGAACAGACAUAACUUGAGUACUCAUGAACUGAAAACAAGGACAAAUACAUAAAAAAAGAGACGUGCAUUUACCCGUGUACAUUUUAUGGCUACAGGUCAAACAUACAUACAUUUUAUGAUCAUUGUAAAAGAACAGAAAUUACAUGAGGUGGCUCCACCAUGAUUAACCACGUAUGUUCACAUAGUCAUGAAAUAUAAGAGAAAAACAAGAAAAAUAUUUCACACUCAGGAUCUCAGACAAAGAGUUGUUGAUGCUCAUCAGACUGGAAAAGGUUUAAAAAAAAAAAAUACCUAAAGAGUUUAGACUCCACCAAUCCAAAGUCAGACAGACUGUGUACAAGUGGAGCAAAUUCAAGACCAUUAUUACCCUCUGUUAGCCUUUUGGGGAAAUGUUUUGUGGAUGGAUGAAACCUAAAUAGAACUUUUUUGUUUAAAUGAGAUGCAUUGUGUGGAGAAAGGAAAACACUGCAUAAGAACCUUAUCCCAUCUGUGAAACAUGGUGGUGGUAGUAUCAUGGUUUGGGCCUGUUUUGCUGCAUCUGGGCCAGGACGACUUGACAACAUUGAUGGAACGAUGAAUUCUGAAUUAUAUCGGAGAAUUCUAAAGGAAAAUAUCAGGACAGCUGUCUAUGAUCUGAAUCUCAAGAGAAAAUUAGUCAUGCAGCAAGACAACAACCCUAAGCACACAAGUCAUUCUACCAAAAAUGGUUAAAGAACAAUAAAGUUUAAAGAAUAAAUGUUUUUGAAUGACCAAGUCAAAAUCCUGACCUUAAUCCAAUAGAAAUGUUGUGGAAGGGCCUGAAGCAAGCAAUUCAUAUGAGGAAACACACUAUCAUCCUAGAGUUGAAGGUGUUCUGUACUAAGGAAUGGGUUACAAUUCCUCCAAGCCGAUGUACACAACUGAUUAACAGUUUAAAUGGGGUCACACCAGAUACUAAAAGAAAAGGUUGACAUACUUUUGUCACCCACAGAUAUGCAAUAUUUAUUAUUUUCCUCAAUAAAUAAAUGAUGAAGUAUAAUAUUUUUGUCUCAUUUGUU